AUGACGUUAAACAUCGCCCCAACCACCAGCAACACUACCAUCACAAUCGCCGAAACCAAACCCAAAGAACCAAAAUCCCUGAAACCCUCAACCCUAACCCGAGUCCUCCAUCACAGCCAUGUAACCACCGACUUCGAUGCCCACCGCUUCAAAGCAGCCGCAGCACAGCAAUUACAACCUCAGCAACGAUCCCAAGAAACAGAUACCCACCUCAUUGCAUCACCAUAUAACAGCGCCGCCCAUCUACUGGAUAUCUCAGCACUGGAAAGACAAGACAGACUCUUCGCAUUGGCAUUGACAUAUCUCAAACCCACGCGCGCCGACUAUGCCACGGCUGGAUAUACGGAAUCGUUCAACUGGACAGAAGUAUUCGAGUUGUUGAGGGCGUUUUCUGAAGCGGAGGAUCAUACGUGGAAGAGGCGUACUUAUUAUGUUGUUAUUUUCCGGUCUGUUUUGUUGCCGGAUGUUGAUUCGGAUUAUUUGUAUGCGCUUGAUGCGCAUUCGCAUCGCGAGGCUAUGGCUAGUGGGGGGUUGUUGAAGUAUUGGUUUGGGGCCAAGGAUGGGCUGGAGAGGAAUUUGGCUACUUGUAUUUGGCGAAAUCGGGAUGAUGCUAGACUCGGUGGCCAGGGACCGUGGCAUGCUCGUGCGAGAGCUGCUGGUUCGGUGUUGUAUGAGCAGAUUGUGUUCACGACGCUGGGGUUGACUAUUGGGGAUGGGGUGGAAUCGUGGAAUUUGAGUGAUUGGAAGGAGGAUGCAGCUUGA